UGGAUGGAUGGAAUAAUAGAUGGGUAUGAAUUUUUCAUACAUUUUAAUUAUUUUAAGUAAAAUCCCUAUCAAAGGGUCGGAAAAAUGCAGAAAGACCCAACACUUACAAGUAGUUAUUUUUUGUUUACCACAAUAAUUUGGAAUUACCCCAAAAUUCCCCAAAUGAACAAAGUAUAUGGACAUUUUACGACCAGCUUUAUUUAAAAAAUGAACGAAAGUGAAAGUAAACCAGCGAACUGACGCGGCACAUUCAAACAGAGGACCACAGCUGCCAGAAAUAAAGACAAACAGCAGCAGACUGUUUUGACUGCCUGGUCCAGCAAGCAACUCUAUCAUUGAUUUCUUUGAAGUAAAAAAUGGCAAUUACUCUAAAUAAUCGUGGAAGCAAAGAAUCGCUGUUCCUUUAUAAACAUAAAAGUGUAGAAGAAUUAAGAGAGGAGAAAUUAAAUGAACACAUGUGGAGACUGUAUCUCAGAAGAAGACCUCUACUACCGAAAGUGAAAUUAACCAUCUCGAAACUUCAACAUGUCACAACCAGAACGGGAGUGAAAGGAAUCAUUGAAGAAGGAUUUAAAGGUGCAUCCUAUCCUAAUUUUUCUUAUGGUCCUUUUUCCUAUUGGAGUGGUGUUGUUGAUCCUGAAGAAGUAAAAACAAAGAUACGCAACUGGAUUGAAAACAAUACAGAACUAGACCCAUCAGACAUGAAUGCUAAUUCUCUUGCCUUUUCAGAAAAGUCCCUCUUUGGAAACUACAAGUUCUCUUUGGAUUUUAAAGAUAUGCUUAGUGUCUACAAGAAGAAGUUUUGUGGUGGUGAGGAUGCUGUUUUCCGGGUGUUUGGAACGUCCUGCUUUAAGCAGCAAAUUGCGUAUACAGUGAUUGUUCACAGUCCCUAUGAGGAUCAGUUCUGUGACUUUCCGCUUCUUCCGAAUGAUGCAGAUAACAGCAUUUGUGGCCUAGAGGACGAUACCAUUUUCUGGAGGCCAGAAUCUGUAAGCAACGUCAAUGAAUAUAAAGAGGAUGAAAGCAUUGAUUGGGGAAAAUAUUUUGUGUGGGAUAAUUUGGUGUUUGCUUUCCAUGUCGAUGUUAAGCAUUACCUCAAAUUUGAGAAAGCUUUCCUCUUAAAGCACCUUACACCAUGCCACCUCUAUGAAGUAAAUAUAUGCAAGGAGAAAGAAACAAGACGUGCCGCCAGAAACUUCAUUAAUAGGCUGAAAUACCGCAAUAGAUAGUGAAGGCACAAAUGGGUAAUAGAUGCAAUUCUUUAUGGUAGUAUUCGCUAAUUUACUUUCAGCAUUUUUACACAGACUGCUCCAUCCAUCCAUUUCUUAAAACUUGCUUAUUAUAUUUCAAGAUCGCCAAUUAAAUAGAACUUACCUUUUAAAAGUGCUAUUCAGCUGAAAUGUAUUUGUGCUUUGAUUUAUAUUUCAACAGAAAUUGUGUUCUUGUGCUGUUAUACUUUGAAACAAAUCCACUGCCAAGAUUUGAAGUCAUGAGCUGUAUGCCAGUCCAUCAUUUUCUAACCUUGUCUAUCCAGUUCAGUAUUGUGGGGAGCUGGAGUCGUUCCCAUCAGCACUGUAAAAAGGCAGAAACCAGCCAUUCACAGGGACCGGAGUACAAUGUGUUAUGUUUAAGUUGUGACAUAUGGAAUAGGCACAAUUAGCAUUUUUAAAUAUACGGUGCAAUCCAUCAUCCCAAGGAAGUAGCAAACAUGAAAUAUACGGUGCAAUCCAUCAUCCCAAGGAAGUAGCAAACAUGAUUUUGGCGGAGAGUCUGGAAACAUUUUCAGAUUUACAGAGGGAGGAUUUGCACAGUCGCUUCAGACGCCUGGGUUCAAAUCCUGACUGGGAUGUUGUAUUGUGUCAAGUUUCCAAGCUCAUCCAGUGUUUGUGUGGGAUUUCCAUCCUGAUCCCAAAGACCUUUGUGCUUGAUGAGUUGGUGACUCUCAAUCAGGGGUCCUCAAUCACGGUCCUGGAGGACCACAGUGGCUACAGGUUUUUGC